CGUUCAGCUACCCCGCUGUGCAGUAUUUCUGCAUCUACGCCGCCAUGGCCAUCUUUUUCAACUACGUGCUGCAGUGCACGCUUUUCACGGCCUUUCUGGUGAAGGACCUGCAACGCCAAGAGAAACGGUUGCAGGACGGCAUGUGCGCGGCUUUUCUUCCGAGUGUUUGCUUAGCAACGAACGGCGGUAGUGAGGCGCGCUGCAGCGACUCUACUUCCGGCACAGUAUUAUGCUGUGGACGACCGCUGCUGACAAGUGGGCAAGUGGAAGAGAUUCGGACAAUAACUGCAAGAACAACUUCUACGCAGACCAGCGAACAGCGGGCGGAGGCAAAAAUCUUAGAGAAAGGAAGUGGAACAGCAACUUCUACCGAUAGAACGAAUAAUGAGGGUUUUUUUGAAGAAAGCGCAGGAGGACAGGUAGCCGCCCCUGAUAUCGCUCCUCCUCAGGACCACGAAAGAAGUGACGGUCAAGAUGAAAUGAAGACCGCUAAAAUAAAUGAUGCAGUAGCUGUAGCACCAGUCUCCACGGUUCUCUUCGCGUCCUAUGACGACAGCAAUUUUCGCCCCUUCAUUCGAAGAUGUUACGCCCCGCUCCUGACCCUGCCGGUUGUGAAGCUGUUGGUCUGCGUUGUUUUCUUCGGGUACUGCGGCUUUAGCAUCUACUGCAUCACAAACGUAACCAAGGACUUUGACUUGAAGGAACUCUGUCUAUCCAAGAAAAAAAGAUUGUAGGUGUAACUUUCUUGGAGGAACACCAUGACAAAUCCGUCUGACAUGAGAGCAAAAAUCUGUCAUGCGCAGAUAGUACGGAAAAACGCCAUUGAACGGACCCUCCAAUGCAUGCCCAGCAUGACAGACGCAGUCAUCUUACAUGUUGCGCAUCACAAAUUUACACUAGCAACGUUUUUUUCUUGGAUACUGUCCCGACGAGAGUUACUACCGCGACAUGCUAGAGAUCACCGACCAGAUGUACGAAAUGAGCGGGAAGGGACGACUCAACUUUGGCCUCUACUACACGCAUGACCAUUCGCAACUUGAUUCCCAAAACGUUAUGAUCGAGCACGAAACCACGGUCCGGCACCUGAAAUACGUGGAAAGCGACGAAGUGACCUCGUGGUUCCGCGCCUUCCGGCAGUAUUGCGUGACCAACGGCACGGUGUGCGCGCAGGAGAAGGUGCCGGGGAUAUCGUAUGUAGUGAGGUCACCGAACGGUUCUAACCAGGGAGUUUUUUUGACAUAUACCCUGAAAAACGACCGGCAGUUUUGAAGCGGCCGGAAGUGUUUUUGAGCAUAAAAAGUUUUCACUUAUCAAGCGGCCGGGGCGUUUGCGGCAAAAAAGCCCGAGCGGAUUCUAUCGGUUCCCGCUUGAUAAAACGACGCAGGGGAGCCGGCAAAAGGGGCGCCCUUCUGAGGCGCCCGCCGCCUUAGUUUCUGGCGAUUUGGGGAGCCCAAAAAGGGGCGCGUAAAAAACGCACCCAAAAUCAGAACAGCGAAACAGCGUGGCACGGCCGCGAUUUCGGAGCAUUUUGGGCGGCCGCGAAAGCGGCCGCCUUUUCGCCGGUUUUAGAGCCUGGGAAGCUUUGCAAAAAGCGCCGGCGUGAAAAAUAAAAACGCGAAAAAUAAAAAGCGCCCCAGACGCGCAAAGCCAAUCCGCAUGCUAUGGGCCCGGUUUUUCUUCGCUUUUUGAGCGCCCCCCGUGGCACCCGGAUCGGCCCCAUAGCGUCGGGGCUGGCUUUCGGAGAGGAAUUUUGGAAGUGUGCCAAAAUUUGUGACGUUUCCCAGGUGGCCGCAAUACCGUGCGGCAUAACGUUAAUCACGGCGGUAUGGCGAGCCCAGAAGAAGCAAAGCCGCGGCCAAGGCGGCGGUCGGCAAAAAAACGCCCACGACCUCACUACCCCCGCCCCGGCGGCUAUAUUUGGUAAGGAAAAAUCCCUCCUCCCCAUACUGAAAAGGUAUGUUUGCGAAAAUUUGUGUUGCUGAUUCGAGGUCACAAACCACAUUUGUCUUGCAAGAAGACAAGGGCAGCAGCUUCCGCCCUAUUAUGGAAGCGAUUUGUCAUGCUCUGGGGCCUAAAGGGGAGCCGUUUGCCAUGCUGAGCAACUAGACCCAUAGGCCCCUACCUAGCCUGGGGAUCUGGCCGCAGUGCCUCUCUGCAGUACAAAGCUGAUAGAUUCGUGUACAGAAAUACAGCAUCAGAAAUUCCGUUUUGAUAUGGGGAGGGGGGAUCUUUCCUUUCGAUAGGGGAGUGCCGUGGUUCCGCACGGCGAUCCCCGGUUGUUCGGGAACUUGGUUUUUAACUGGCUGCAGCUCUCCGUCUAUGACAGUGCACAAAUCCCCCUCGGCCUCAUUUCUCAUGCAAAAUCGCAACUCCAAUUGUUCCCUUGUUGCUAUCUAUUAUAUUCAUGCGAAAAUAUUGCUCUAGAGAGGGUAAACGAGAGGUGGCAAAAAGAGGUCAAAGGAGGUAAAAAAGAGGUCGACAGAGGUGGAGAGGUGGCGCGGGAGGUAAUUCGAGAGGGUGGCCGAGAGGGGGCGCGAGUAUAGCCCGCCGAACCGGUCGCCCUUUAGGGCCGCUAAGCGGCACGGAGGUGGCCGAGAGGUAAAAAAGAGGGCAAGCGAGAGGUGGACAGAGGUGCCGAGAGGUUGCGCGAAUAAGGGGAGACCUCUCGCGCACCCUCUGUCUGGGCCACCUCUCGGCCACCUUUGUAGACCUCUACCGGCGAGUAUAGCCGGACUAUUAGCAACACCUCCCGGAAGAGGUGAAAAAGAGGGUCCGCGAGAGGGGUAAAAAAACCUGAAUCCGCCCAGCACAGGGCUGAUUUUUUUGCGGCCCUUUCAUGCAAAAGCCCGAACCCUCUCGCGCACCCUCUCGCGCACCCUCUCGCGCACCCUCUCCCUCUCGCGCCACCCUCCCGCGCCACCCUCUCGCGCCACCCUCUCGCGCCACCCUCCCGCGCGACCCUCUCGCGCCACCCUCCCGCGCCACCCUCUCGCGCCGGGCGGCUUCUGUUCGCCCCCGGUGUUCUUUGCAGCUGCUCCCUGCGCAGAGCGCCCGAAGGCGCGGGAGGCGCGCAAGUGGUCCUGCGGGUUGGCGUGGCGUAACCAGGCGGCAGGACUCCAGUAUGUUUCUUUGUGCGCAGGCCCGUGGUGUUGUGGUCCGAUCAGCAAACGGCCUUGCCCCGGCCCAACAGCCUUGCGCUCCGGCGGCAGCCGGAGCAUGGCUGGUAUCACUAUUAUGCAUGACAAAUUUGGGAAGCCCACACUAACAGGACUAUACAUUAGGUACAUAGAUUUGUCAUGCAUAGGCUCCAUUUGCGCUGGUGUUUGUAUUGCUCUUCAUGCCAUACAAAUGAGGAGGAGGGAGAGUUGUGCAUUUUUAUACCGUCAACGCGGUGUUUCGCGACGACAUUCUGUUCCAAACACUGGAGCCGGACCAGCAAAGUACCGCCGGGCAACUGAUGACCAACCGCACUUCGGUGGACGCGUUUGACUAUGAACUGCAAAAGUAUCGCACUCGUAUAAAUGCAUUACAAAUUUUCUCAGCAUGAGACUUGUAGUGCGGAUUUAGCUAUGACAAAAAAAGAUUUGUAAUGCAUGACUGCAAUACGAGUACGAUACUUUUGCACAGCAUAUUGACCGCGUGAUCACGGCUUCUCGGGUGUUUUUCCGACACACCGUGGCGGUGGUCCGGCCGGGCAAGUACGCUGUGGCGGCGAAUAAGGAAAUUUACGACUUUGUCGACAACGAGACCCGGUUGCAGCCCAACGUGCGUGCGUCGACCAAGUUCUACCAGUUCUUCGACCAAACCUGGCAUAUUGACGAGGAGCUGAAAGCCAACUACGCGUUUGCAAUUCUUGGCGUCUUUCUGAUCACGUUUUUGCUCAUUCCAAAUUGGAUUGGAACGCUGUUGCUUUGCGCGGUCGUGUGCAUGGUGGAUGUCGAUUUGACGGGUAUAAUCAAUAACGAGUACAUCAACACACAUGCGUACGGUGCGGAGUGUUUUUUGAAAAGAUAAAGAUUAGAAAAGUUGUGAACUAAGACUACGACGAGGUCAACAUCCUGUAGAAUCUUAGUAUGACGUUGUUGCACGACUAUGCAGGUAGCAGGUGUCGCUCGUGGUCGUGCUCACAUUAGAGUUGUCCACCAGAUUGCUUGCGUUCGCUCGCUGUGCGAUGCGAACUCCAGCAACUGUUUACGAGCUGGACUUUUGCUUCAUGCGGUUUAAUAUUGCAUGUAUUCGUGACCACCUAUACAAGAAGUCUGCUACUCGGAUGAGUAGAUAGCUCAUAGUUUGUUCUACUAGCUAAAAAUCCCUCCCCACAUCAUCAUCAGGCUCGAUCUGGCUCUGGGGACUAGACCUGAACUCGAUCAGUGUGGUAAAUCUGGUGAUGGCGAUUGGCCUGGUCGUUGACUAUUCCGCGCACAUUGUCCACGCGUUUUUCUACGAGUAUCAACUGCAAAUAUCGAAGAUCUGGGUCAGGAACAAGGCAGGGUGCGCUUGUUUGUCAUCCAUCUUUGUCUUUCGGACGAUGACGCAAAUAGUAAUGCACGCAAAAGCAUCAUUUACAGAUACAGGCUUUAAUACACAGCCGCAGGCCUUUUUUUGCUUAUCAAGUAUGAAGAUGAACUCCUUUUGUGCGUACUAGCAAGAAAUUGGCAGCUUGUCCUCGUGAUAUGUGCAUUCCACCAAGCUGGAACUUUUCCAGACCCAGAUCGAUAUUAUUUGCAGUGCAUAGCGAGAACACCGACACCACGACGGAUGCCAACUCUCGCAUGCAGCACGCCGUCGUGGACAUGCUUCCGAAUGUGUUGAAGGGCGGUUCGACGACGUUUCUCGGCGUUAUAACCCGCUCAGCUGUUACAAUCUCAAACGUUGCAAUAGAAUAUGGAAAUCUGUGAUGCAAGAUUGCAUGAUCUAGCCAAGUCUCAUAGGAUUGCGCAUGACAAGUUCCGGAGCCCUAAACCUCACGACACUCUGGCGAAAUUUGUAUUGCAAAAGUGGGAACGCUGUGCGAGCCUGUCAUGCUCAUCGUGCCACACAAAUUCCAGAUUCUAUUGUAACGUUUGAGAUUGUAACGCUUGAGCAAGUCAUAGGCGUGUCUGUAUUCAUCUUUGCCUCUUCGUUUAUUUUCCGGGUCUUCUAUUGAAAGGAAAAAUCUCCCCUCCCCAUAUUGAAAAGGUAUGUCUGCUCCGGAAAUUUGUGUUGCUGAUUUGAGGUCACAAAUCGCAUUUGUCUUGCAAGAAGACAAGGACAGAAGCUUCCGCCAUAUUAUGGAAGCCAUUUGGCAUGCCGUUGGGCCUAAAGGGGGGCCGUUCGCCAUGCUGAGAAACUAGACCCAUAAGCCCCCAGCUAGCCUGGGGAUCUGGCCGCAAUGCCUUUCUGCAACACAAAUCUGAUUUGUGUACGCAAAUCCAGCAUCAGAAGUUUCGUUUUGAUAUGGGGAGGGGGGAUUUUUCCUUUUGAUAUCUUCUUCCGCAUGUUCGUUGGCAUCGUCGGGUUGGGAUUGCUGCACGGGUUAGUUUUGGUUUAUGGCGUUCUAUAAAUGUUACAUUCUCAACUGUUGCAUGAAUUUGUGAUGCAAAAACAGCAAGAGUGAAAGGGGGAAGAUUGCGCCUCUUGCAAUACAGGUCUGGCACGGAUCUAGAUGCUGUCUAGCCCGUCGAAAAUUUGUCAUGCGAAGCAGCUUGAUGGUGUAGAUGCUGAUGAGAAUUUGCAUGACAAAUUAUGCAACAGUUGAGAAUGUAACGUUUGAGAACGCCAUACGGUUCCCGUCCUGCUCACUUUUGUCCCCGUCUCUUCGGCAGGGGGGGCGGGAAAGGAAACCUGUAAACUGGGGCCGGCGGAAGAAAAAAUCGUGUCAGAAUCGGGCACGGGGGCGACUAGUAGAAAGAGUAGCCGGGAAAAGGAUCCUAUGGGUCAGGAAAAAACUCUGUUUAGCUGCUAUAAAACUUACACUCUGGUGCCCUUCGGACAUAGCAUUUUUACAUACAAAUCUGCCUGGCAUGCUGAAACGGAUAAGUAUCUUCCGGCAUGACAACGCUAAGAGCUGUCUUGCAUCGUCUCCUGCAACACAAAGUCACAAACAAUGUUUCACACAGUUUUUUUCUGUUGAUAGAUCAGGUGUAUCAGGUGGGAGAUAUUCCAAGUGAACCGCCGACGGGAACGACGUAUCAAAUGAGAAAAGUGUAAAGUUCGUCACUGGGUCGCUCAUGGACAUGGGCCGCAACAUUUUUGCCAUACAAGAAUGUCGGCCAUGCGUAAAAGUGCAUCAAAGUUGAAUUUCAUAAAGGGAUGAAAAAACUUGUCAUGAUGCGAAACCUGCAACAACUGACACUGAGGCGAGUCGAGUGACUCCAGCUGCAAACUUUUACUUUUUGCGCUUCACACGGCGCGAGCCAGUGGCAGUGGGGAAAAUACUAUGGACAUAAAAGUGCAUGACGCUGGGGUGACUUCGAGUGGCCGCGGUGCCGGGGCGAGCUUUUAGGGGGUCGUGGUGAAGCUACCUUACAACUUACCUUGUUGACGUAGACAUUUUUGAUUUUAUUUAAUUCGGGCGACGUCUGUACUACAGCAGAGUGUAAAUUUGUUUCUACAGUUACAGAGAUGAGAACCGCCUAGCCGGGGCGUGAAAACUAGAACUUAAAACUAAGCUGAAUUAUUCAUCACACAACUAGUCUAGUGAUCACUGCUAGCUACCACAGUACAGUAAAACGCUGACCGAAAAAAAACAACGUUUCUGCCUUGCUUUGCUAGAGUUUGAUUCCAGUGAGACCGAGACGAUCAACAUGAUGAGCAAAUCGACAAACGUUGUGCUGGCCUCGUGGUUUUCUUGUGUAAAAGUUGUAAAUUUCGACGCAACUACGGUGACGAGGACGCCAACUGCGGCAGCCUUUGCUUUUCUUGCAGCUAAUUGUAGUAAUUAUGAUCUUCUCCAUGGAGAUUCACUACACUAACACCGCCGCAGCCUUGUUGUUUUCCUUUUCCUCGCAUAUCAUUCUCGCACUACAAGUAGGACAUCAUGAUCAUAUCAAUUAUCUGGUUCUGGUAGUAUAAAGUAGUGGUGAUGGCACUUUGGCAUAGAUAGAAGCUCCUGCACGAAAGUUCUUGUCGUGACGUUGGAUGGUCGAUUCAUCGUAGAAGGAUAGCAGCAUUGGCAUUGCACAGAAAGAAAAAAAAAUCAUCUUGUUGCCGGGACCAAUUAUUAAAGAAUAUUUCCUUCAUCUGACGGUGACACAAUGUGGCGUUUUGUUCCUGCGCUUUGGCAUGACAGAAAAAAGAGAAUGAAUUAUUAAAACCUCAUCGGUGAACAGAACUACUCGUGCCGUGCACACAAAUCUAAAUGCUGACAUGAUAGUACAGCCACCGAUCGGAACAAAAUGUGUUUUCGGUUUCAUUUUUGAGAAAGAACUUGAACAUAGAAGAUUUGUCAUGCAUAGGCUCCAUCGAAAAAAACCUUCGGUCCUCGUCCUGUACUAGCGCUCGGAGGCCAGAUACUGUGAUGCUAGAGAAUGCAUCACAGGCAUCGGAGGCCAUGUACAAUUUGCAUGACAAAAUCCCCAAAUCUUCCAGACCCAGACAUUUUUGCAUUUGAUAGUGGUCUUUCUGUUCGGAGCCACGUUCAGCUACCCCGCCGUGCAGUAUUUCUGCAUCUGCUAUCCUGAGUAGAAAUGUCCCCACCCCAGAGUUGUCAUGCAGAUUUGCGAUCAGAGGAAGAUUUGUAAUGCGCAUCUCCAUCAGAGGCAUAAUUCCCGAUCGUGUUUUGGAAUUUGUAAUGCUGGAAACAGGAGAGAGAAGAUUUGUCAUGCAUAGGCUCCAUCGAAAAAAGUCUUCGG